AUGCCUUUGGAGGUAAACACUAAGCUGACUACCAAGGAAUAUGAUGGUUACCUUGGAACUACAAGUAGUGGACUAGAUGACCUGCUACUAGACUCAGGGGCUUAUGAGAGGUUGAUAGGGAAGUUACUCUAUCUAACCAUGACAAGACCUGACCUAGCAUUUAAUGUACAAAUACUGAGUCAAUUCUUGCAACAACCUAAGAACUCUCAUAUGGAAGCUGCUAUAAGUAUUGUUAGAUAUGUCAAGAAUCAUCCUGGACAAGGACUUCUACUGUCCAGCAGCAACAAAGGAACUUUAAAAGCUUAUUGUGAUGCAGACUAG